AUGGAGUUUAACCCUACUCAAGCAAUAGUCCAUAAUGAAGGCUGCGACCUGCAUUACUGGUAUCAAGGCACCGGUCCUCUCAUGCUCUUUGUUCCGGGUGGGAACGGCCAUGGAAGACAAUUCAAUCCCAUCAUGUCUGCUCUAUCAGACUGUUUCACUUGCGCAACAUUUGACAGACGUCAGAUGUCGGCGAGUCAAGUUUCAGUCAACAAGCCAUUGAGUAUAACUCAACAAGCACGAGAUGUUCGAGCUGUGAUCAAGGCAGUUGGUUUUGAGAAAGCCAUCCUAUUUGGGAGUAGCAGCGGUGGCAUCAUCGGUUAUCAAUUCGCCCACGACUUUCCAGAAAUGGUAGUCCAUUUGAUCUCGCACGAAGCCGGAAUCUCUGUCCUCAUGCCUGAAGCAAGCGAGAUUUACGACUGGAUGUACAGUCUUGUCGAGUUACACAAGACCAAAGGUCUGGACGCUGUCGCAGCGGAAUUCGACAAAUGUUUCGUCGGGACUCAUGAUGAGGGGGUACCGAAGUCUGUUUCUCCCGAACCAGAGAAUGCUCGCAACUUUUGGGAAAAUGAGUUUCCUCAACAGCUUGGGUACUGUCCCAAUUUCUUCCGUAUCAAGGAGAACAAUACUAGUGUAGGAGUGAUGAGAGGUGCGAGGUCCAAAGAUGCGUUUUAUGCUAGGGCGAUUGAGGAUCAGGCCCAGAUCUUGGACUGUCCGAGCAUGACUGUGCCGGGUCACCAUGAGGGAUUUCAGUGCGAGACGAUGGAAUUUCUUCCUUCUCUAUUAGAAAUGUUGGAGAUCUUGGAGAAAAGGAAGAUAUCUGCAUAG